CACAAGGACUCAAAAGAACACAGAUGUGGGGCAAGACCCCUGCCUCAGGGCACGCGAGACAGUCUGGCCCUGAUUGGGCAGGGAGCUGCCCUAUCCUCUUCACACUUUCCCCUGUUGUUGCAGCAGCAGCACCCUGCCCUCCACUAGCACGGCCUGAGUCGAACCAGGAGUUGCGCACAUGAACCUCGCACUGUCACGACCCGUGACACUGCACAAGCCAGUUGAACCGCCUCUCGAAGAAUGGCAGAUGGAACUGGAACGAAGUGUUGAAGUACAUGCGGAAGGAAACGGCAUUUCGCGAGGUCAUCGCACUGCUGAUGCUGGUGACGGGCGGUGGCCAGCCGCGGGCACCAGACCUCCUCACCUACGGUGCCAGAACUCUAAGUCGGCUGAAUGUGGCAUCUUCGUCUAUGACGGAAGGAUGAUGUACCUGACGCGGAGCCACAAGGCUAAGCGAUCCACCAACAGGGAGUUCUAUGUCGCUCGAUUCCUUCCUGUUCAGCCGGGCCAUCUCCUCUUCAAAUACCUCGUCUACAUUCGCCCCGUCGUCGAUAUGCUGAUGCGGGAGCAAAGGCCCGACUUGCGGGCUUGCUCCACGUAUCUUUUCCGCGCGCAAGUAUCCGACGACAGCAAACCAUGGGCCACGGAGCGUCUCACCAACGUGAUCAUACGAUUCACCGCGCGGGCCUGGAGGAAAGGCAUCACGCUGCAGAUACUCCGACAACUAUCCGUCGGCCUCUCGGAAAAGCAUGUCCGCGAAGUCGUCAAACCGUUCAACCGGUUCGAUGACCGUACAGACGCUGCGGAUCGCAAUGUUUCUUUCGCUUGGCAGACUGGCCAUCCGCCCGUUGCAGAGCCGGUGGCACGAGUUCCUGCACCUCCCUAGCAUGGUUACUGCUGCGGAUACCAGAGCGGGCUGGGCUGGCGUCGGCGAUUGCAAGCAGGGACCAUCAGCAGUAGCAGCACAGAAUGUCCACCCAUCCGAGCUCGCGCCAACUAUUCCCGAAACACACAUUAUCGCUCCCUCCAAGAGCAAGAAGAGACGACGUC